UCCUGGACACUAACUAUGGGGUGGACAACUCUGUGGUUGUGUGUUCUCGCUCUGCCACUAACGAGCGCCAUCCAGGUGAAAGCCAGGAAAGCGCGCCAGUCCAACCAUGUGAACAGCAUCUGCAGCACCUGGGGCAGAGAGCACUUCAAGACCUUCGAUGGAGACGUGUACCAGUUCCCAGGGACGUGUGAAUACAACCUGGCCUCCGACUGCCACUCUGAGUCCUACCAGGAGUUCUCUGUGCACCUGAAGAGGAACGAGGCUACUGAGGCUGAGGGGAACCCUACGGUCAAACACGUAGUGGUCACUAUCAACGACCUGGUCUUCCACCUGACCAAGACUCAAGUCGCGGUCAAUGGAGAAAUUGUAACUCUGCCGUACUACAAUGGAGGAGUCCAACUGGAGAGGAAUGCAGUUUACACCAAACUCUACUCCAAGGUUGGCCUGGUUGUCAUGUGGAACGGAGAAGAUGCCGUCAUGGUGGAGCUGGACACGGAGUAUACCAACCGUACCUGUGGUCUCUGUGGAGACUUCAAUGGCCUUCCAGUCCACAAUGAGUUUGUUCAUAACGGUCGUAAAGUGAGCCCCAUUGAGUUUGGAAACAGACAGAAGGUCCACAGGCCCAACGAGGAUUGUGAAGACCCCUAUGAAGAGGAAGAGGAAGAUGAACCUGCAGACGUUCAGCCUAAAGAGGACACAUGCAAGGAGUUUCAUGCCCAGUGUGACCAGCUCCUGCGCUCACCGUUGUGGAGCUCCUGUGGUGCGGUUGUGAACGCUGAGCCCUACAUCCAGGCCUGUGUUCAGGACCUGUGUGGCUGCAGCAACACUUCUGAUAGCUUCUGUGUCUGCAGCACCCUGGCAGAGUACUCCAGACAGUGCUCCCACGCCGGGGGACAGCCACCCCACUGGAGAACAACAGCCUUCUGUGACAAGCAGUGUCCGUUCAACAUGGUCUAUCUGGAGAGUGGCUCUCCCUGCAUGGAUACCUGUACCCACUCAGACACCAGCUCACUGUGUGAAGAACACCUGAUGGACGGCUGCUUCUGCCCUCACGGGACUGUGUUUGAUGACAUCUCAAAGAGGGGGUGUGUCACUCAGGACCAGUGUCAGUGCAAACACGACAAAGUUUACAACUCUGGAGAAGUAUUCAGACAGGACCGUGAGGAAUGUGUCUGUCAUCAUGGUCAGUGGUCCUGUAAAAGUCUACCCAGCCCUGCUACAUGUGCCGUUGAGGAGGGUUCACACGUGACGACCUUCGAUGGGAAAGCGUUCACCUUCCAUGGGGACUGUUACUACCCCUUAGCCAAGGUGGAAAGCAAGGAUGAAGUCAGUCCAAAGUUCACUGUACUGGUCCAGCUGGUUCCCUGUAUAAGACAGAAGUUUGACACUUGCCUCAAGAGUGUUGUGGUCUUGCUAAACAAUGAUAGAAACAACGCUUUGGUGAUUACCGCCGAUGGGAAAGUCAGCCACAAUGCACAGAUCACUCUGCCUUACAACACAGCUGACAUCAGUGUGUUCAAGCCGUCGUCCUUCCACAUGAUGCUCCAGACCAGCUUUGGGCUGCAGGUUCAGAUCCAGCUGGUCCCUAUCAUGCAGGUCUAUGUCACCCUGGACGAGAGCUACAAGACCAAGACACAAGGUCUGUGUGGGAACUUCAACAAGGUUCUGUCUGAUGACAUGAAGACCCCCCAGGGUAUUGUGGAGGGAACAGCCUCUUCAUUUGGGAACUCCUGGAAGGCUAAUCCUACCUGCAGAGACAGAGAGGAGAGGCUGGACGACCCCUGUUCCCUCAGCGUGGAGAAUGAGAACUAUGCUAAACAUUGGUGCUCCAUGCUAAGAAGUUCUGACAGCACCUUUGCCAAGUGCCAUGCCAUGGUGGACCCCGAGCUUUACUACAAGCGAUGCACGUAUGCUAGCUGCAACUGUGAGAAGAGUGAAGACUGCCUGUGUGCCGUCUUCUCCUCUUAUGUGCGAGACUGUGCUACCAAGGGAGUGGUCCUGUCGGGCUGGAGAGAGAACGUGUGUGACAAAUACAUUGGUAACUGCCCAGCGUCUCAAACCUACUCUGACCAGCUCCAGAGAUGUCAGCUGACCUGUAGCUCCCUGGCCAGCAAAAGCCAGGGUUGUACCAACGACUUCCUCCCCGUGGAUGGUUGUUCUUGCCCGGACGGACUUUACAUGGAUGACAGGGGCACCUGUGUACCCAUGGACAAAUGCCCCUGCUUCCACAACGGGGUCCACAUCAAGCCUGGGAAGUCCAUCAACAUUCAGGAGGAACACUGUGUCUGCAACAAUGGGAAGCUUCACUGCCGUUCCUGGAAGAUGCGUUCAGAGAGUACCUGCCAGUCGCCGAAGGUGUUCGUGAACUGCUCCAAUGACCUGGGAGUACAGUGUACACGGAGCUGUAGGAACCCGGAUUUCAUGGACUGUUUCUCCGCAGAGUGUGAGUCUGGGUGCAAGUGUCCCACGAGUCUGUGGGAGGAUGGGAAAGGCAUGUGUGUGAAUAAACAUGAAUGCCCAUGCAGCCAUGACGGAUUCCUCUACGCCCCAGGAAAACAGAUCCCAAACGGAUGUAACACUUGCACCUGUAAGAGUGGGAAAUGGGAGUGCACAGAUAAGAAGUGCCCAGGAACCUGUACCAUCUACGGCAGUGGCCAUUACAAAACCUUUGAUGAGCGCACGUAUGGCUUCCAAGGAAAAUGUGGCUAUGUGGCUGUCCAGAACAAAUGUGGGAACCGGCCUGUCCAGGACAAAUUCAUGGUGAUCACAGAGAACAUACCGUGUGGAACCACAGGCACCACUUGCUCCAAGUCUGUCAGGGUUCAACUGGGGAGAACAGAGCUGAAGCUAUCAAAGGGAACCCAUGAAGUGGUGGACCUAGAAGUGGGCUCUCAGAUCCAGUACCGAGUGAGGACAGUCGGUCUGUACCUGAUUGUUGAGUCAGACAUCGGGAUCGCAGUGCUGUGGGACCGUAAAACUACCGUCCGCAUCGUCCUGGAGCCACAGCAUAGUGGAGCAGUGUGCGGCCUGUGUGGGAACUAUAAUGGAGAAGGCAGAGAUGACUUCACCACACAAGGUCAGAUGAUAGUCAGCAGCCCUGUGGAGUUUGCUAACAGCUGGAAAGUGUCAAGCACUUGUCCCGAUGCAGAAAGCAACGUGGACCCAUGUGGAGCCAGACCCAACCGUCACAACUGGGCUAAGAUGCAGUGCAGCAUCAUCACCGGAAAGACUUUCCAACUGUGUCACAAGAAGGUAGACCCUAGUCUGUACUUUGAGAACUGUGUGAAAGACUCCUGUGCCUGUGAUACUGGCGGAGACUGUGAGUGUUUCUGUACAGCUGUAGCAGCCUACGCCCAGGCCUGCACCGAAGCUGGAGUCUGUGUUGCAUGGAGAACACCAGAAAUUUGUCCUGUGUUCUGUGACUACUACAACGAUCCAGGUGAAUGUGAAUGGCAUUACAGCCCUUGCCACACACCUUGCUUCAAGACCUGUCUGAAUCCAAAUGGGACCUGUGACAACCCUCUUCCCAAUCUGGAAGGUUGUUACCCACAAUGCCCUCCAGAUAGGCCAAUAUUUGAUGAAGAGACCGGGGAGUGUGUUGAGGAAUGCCCACCAACAGGCCCAUCAACAACAACCCCCCAGACAACCACACCAACACCAACAACAACACAGUGGACACCAACAACUACCACAUUGACAACAGAACCUCCAACAACAACACCAAUGCCACCAACAACAACACAAACACCACCAACAACCACACCACCACCAACAACAACAACACCAAUGCCACCAACAACAACAACCACACCAAAGCCAACAACAACCACACCAAUGCCACCAACAGCAACCACAAAAAUACCAACAACAACAUCACCAAUACCACCAACAACAACACUACCACCAACAACAACCACACCAAUACCAACAACAACAACACCAACAACCACACCAAUUCCACCACCAACAACAACAACACCAAUACCACCAACACCAUCAACCACAACAACAACAACAACAACAACAACAACACCAACAACCACACCAAUACCACCAACAACAACCACACCAAUACCACCAACAACAACAACACCAAUACCACCAACACCAACAACAACAACAACACCAAUACCAACAACAACACCAACAACAACAACACCAACAACAACCACACCACCAACACCAUCAACAACAACAACAACACCAACAACAACAACACCAAUACCAACAACAACACCACCAAUACAAUCAACAACAACAACAACAACAAUAACACCAACAACAACAACACCACCAACAACCACACCACCAACACCAUCAACAACAACAACAACAACAACAAUACCAACAGCAACAACGCCAAUACCAACAACAACACCAAUAUCACCAACAACAACAACACCAAUACCACCAACACCAACAACAACAACAACACCAAUACCAACAACAACACCAACAACAACAACACCACCAACAACCACACCACCAACACCAUCAACAACAACAACAACAACACCACCAACAACAACACCACCAACACCAUCAACAACAACACCAAUACCAACAACAACACCAACAACACCACCAACAACCACACCAAUUCCACCAACAACAACAACACCAAUACCACCAACAACAACACCAAUACCAACAACAACAACAACAACACCAAUACCACCACCAACAACAACCACACCAAUACCAACAACAACACCAACAACAACAACACCACCAACAACCACACCACCAACACCAUCAACAACAACAACAACAACACCACCAACAACAACACCACCAACACCAACAACAACAACACCAAUACAACCAACACCAACAACAACAACAACAACACCAAUACCACCAACAACAACACCAAUAGCAACAUCAACAACACCACCAACAACAACAACAACAACACCAACUCCUUCAACAACAACACCAGCACCAACAACACCACCACCAACAACAACACCACCAACAACCACACCAAUUCCACCAACAACAACAACACCAAUACCACCAACAACAACACCAAUACCAACAACAACAACACCAACACCAAUUCCAACAAUGACAACAAAAACACCAACAACAACACCACCAACAACAACAAAACUAAUACCAACAACAACACCAACACCAACAACACAAACAACAACAACUCCAAUUCCACCAACAACAACAACACCACUACCACCAACAACAACAACACCAAUACCACCAACAACAACAACACCAACACCAUCAACAACACCAAUACAAACAACAACAACAACACCAACAACAACAACUCCAAUUCCACCAACAACAACAACACCAAUACCACCAACACCAUCAACAACACCAAUACAAACAACAACAACAACACCAACAACACCACCAACCACACCAAUUCCACCAACACCAUCAACAACACCAAUACAAACAACAACAACAACACCAACAACAACAACUCCAAUUCCACCAACAACAACAACACCAAUACCACCAACACCAUCAACAACACCAAUACAAACAACAACAACACCACCAACAACAACACCACCAACAUCAACAACACCAAUACCAACAACAACAACAACAACACCAAUACCACCACCAACAACCACACCAAUACCACCAACAACAACCACACCAAUACCACCACCAACAACAACAGCACCGCCAACAACAACAACAACACCAUCAACAACAACACCAAGAACAACAACACCAACACCAUCAACAACACCAAUACCACCAACAACAACCACACCAAUACCACCAACACCAUCAACAACACCAUUACCAACAACAACAACAACAACACCAAUACCACCAACAACAACACCAACAACAACCACACCAACACCACCAACAACAACCACACCAAUACCACCCGAAACAACCACACCAAUACCAACAACAACAACAACAGCAAUACUACCAACAACAACACCAACACCACCACCACCACCAACAACAACAACACCACCAACAACAACCACACCAAUACCACCAACAACAACAACACCAACACCACCAACACCACCACCAACAACAACAACAACCACACCAAUGCCAACACCAACAACACCAACAUCACCAACAACAACAACACCAAUACCAACACCAACACCACCACCAACAACAACAACACCAAUACCACAACCACCAACAACAACAACACCAGUACCACCAACAACAACAACCACACCAACAACAACACCAAUACCACCAACACCAUCAACAACACCAAUACCAACGACAACAACAACACCAAUACCACCAACAACAACCACACCAAUACCACCCGAAACAACCACACCAAUACCAACAACAACAACAACAGCAAUACUACCAACAACAACACCAACAACACCACCACCAACAACAACAACAACACCAAUACCAUCAACAACAACACCAACAACAACAACAGCAACAACACCACCAACAACAACCACACCAUUACCACCAACAACAACCACACCAAUACCACCAACAACAACACCACCAACACCAUCAACAACAACAACAACAACACCAGUACCACCAACAAACACAACACCAAUACCACAUCCACCAACAACAACAACAACAACACCAUUACCACCAACAACUACCACAGCAACAACAACACCGACAACAACAACCACACCAAUACCACAACCACCAACAACAACAACACCAGCACCACCAACAACAACAACCACACCAACAACACCAGUACCACCAACAACAACCACACCAACACCACCAACAACAACCACACCAAUACCACCCGAAACAACCACACCAAUACCAACAACAACAACAACACCAACAACCACACCACCACCAACAACAACACUACCACCAACAACUACCACACCAUUACCACCAACAACAACCACACCUAAACCACCAACUACAACGGAAGCCAUAACUCUAACCACAACCCCAACGACAACAGAAGAAUCAACCACAACCCCUAGGACAACUGAAAAUCCAACCACAACCCCAACGACAACAGAAGAACCAACCACAACCCCAACGACAACAGAAGAAUCAACCACAACCCCCAGGACAACUGAAAAACCAACCACAACCACCCCUGUCAUAGACACCACAACCACUAAAGCUCCUACAACAACACCUAAACCACCAACUACAACAGAAGCCACAACUCCAAUGACAACCACAUCACCAACAACCCAUGAAUCGGUUGUCACUGGUCCUCCAAUAACACCAGAACAUCAAGUCAGUUCAAUACCAACCACAACUGGGUCACCAACCCCUCCACCAAUCACUUGUCCUGAGUGGGACAAAGUGCAAAAUGAAACUUUCUGGCUCUGCAACUGCACUUUGGCCAGAUGCAUUGAAAACAACACCAUUGAGAUAAUUCCGUAUGAAUGCCCAGAGCCUGAGCCAAUCACAUGUACCAAUGGCAAGAAACCAGUGCUACAAUGGGAUGAGUUCUACUGCUGCCAACGAUUCGUGUGUGACUGCGUCUGUGAGGGUUGGGGAGACCCCCAUUACAUCACCUUCGACGGGCUCUUCUACAGCUUCCAAGGGAACUGUACCUAUGUGCUGAUGGAGGAGAUGUUGCCGCGUCACCACUUCAAGAUCUACAUCGACAAUGUCAACUGUGAUCCCACCGAAGACGUGUCUUGUCCUCGAUCCAUCAUCGUGUCCUACCGCUCAACAGUUAUAACACUGAAGAAUCACAACCUCAUUGGAGCUGCUCAGUUGGAGGCUCUUAUUGAUGGAGUUUCCCUGAGACUACCCUUCACGCGGCACGGUGUGAAGGUGAUGAGCUCUGGUAUCAACAUGGUCUUGGAGAUAGCACACCUCCAGGUGGUAGUUACCUUUGGAGUCACUGGCUUCAGCGUCAACCUUCCUUGGCAACACUUUGGCAACAAUACACAGGGUCAUUGUGGAACAUGUAGCAACAACCAGGCUGAUGACUGCAUGUUGCCUGGAGGUCAGCUGGUGGAGAACUGUGCUGUGAUGGCAGACUACUGGCCAGCCAAGGACCUCUACCAACCUGAAUGCCAUGUGCCACCUGGAAUCCCCACCAACUCUCCUCUCCCUGAACCCACACAGAAGCCAUGCAAGCCAGACUCCUCUGUCUGUGAUCUCCUGAAGGACAGCAUUUUUGCAGCCUGUCAUCCAUUUGUCUCACCUGACAACUUCUACAAGGGCUGUGUCUAUGACAGCUGCCAUGUGUCCAACCCAGCGGUGGAGUGCACCAGUCUGCAGACAUACGCUGCUGCCUGUGCCCAGUUCGGAGUAUGCAUCUACUGGAGAAACCACACCGAGCUCUGUGCCAGCGACUGUCCAGCUGACAAAGUCUACAAGCCCUGCGGUCCUGCAGAACAGCCAACCUGUGAUGACAAUCCAGACGAGUCUAGGAUGAACUUCACCACAGAAGGCUGCUUCUGUCCUGAUGGGAUGAAACUCUUCAACAAGGACUCAGGGAUCUGUGUUGAUAAGUGUGGAUGCAUUGACCCCGAAGGAGUUCCACGAGAGUUCAACGAGAGGUUUGAGUACAAGUGCCAGGACUGCGUUUGUUUGGAAUCCACCAAGACUGUGAACUGUAAACCCAAGGUCUGCUCCAAACCACCAGUAGAGUUAUGCACUGGACCAGGCUUUGUAUAUGUCAACCAAACCGAUCCAUCCGAUCCAUGCUGCUCCAACCUCGCCUGCCGUUGUGACAGCAGCACUUGCCCACCUACCAACAUGAACUGUCCUAUUGGGUUCGUGCCAGUGGUUUCAGUCCCUGAGGGGAAAUGCUGUCCAGAGCACACAUGUGAGCCUAAAAGAGUUUGUCUUCACAAAGGCGUUGAAUACCUGCCCAAUUCUAAAGUACCGGGAUCAGAGUGCCAGGAGUGCACCUGCACCAACAAAGUGGACCCCAAGUCUGGUCAUUACCAAAUUGACUGUGGAUUCAUGCAAUGUGACGAAGAUUGUGAAAAGGGAUAUGAGUACCAGGAGCCAAACUACUCCUCAGAUGACUGCUGUGGUAAAUGUGUUCAGACCCACUGUGUCCUCCAGAUCAAUGGGACCAAGCAGUUGUUGAAGCAUGGAGAUACAUGGUCUGCUCCUGGUGACAAGUGCCAGCAGUACAGCUGUGUGAAAAACGGUGAUAGUUAUCUGACCCAGAGCUCCAACAUCCAUUGCCCACCCUUCCAGCAGGCCAACUGCCAGCCUGGUUCAAUUCAGACCGCUGCAAACGGCUGCUGUAGAAUUUGUGUGGAGAAGGACAAGGCCUGUAAGGUAGGAUCCAUGAAGAGUUUCAUCAACCACAAGAGCUGCCAGUCUGUUGAGGAGGUGGAGAUGCCGUACUGUGAGGGAUCCUGCAACACCUUCACCAAGUACUCUGCCAUGGCUGCGUCUCUGGACCACUCCUGUGCCUGUUGCCAGGAGUCCCGGUCCAGUAACCGCACGGUGGACCUACGGUGUCUGAAUGGAGAUGUGGUGCCCUACACCUACCUACACGUGGAGGAGUGUAGCUGCAGACACAGCGACUGCAACAGAGCCAUUAGGGUGCCUGCCCGCAGGACACGCAGCAACACACUGGUGUAAAUGGGAUCUGUACUAAUACAGAUGGGAGUGGUCCAGCACCAAUCCACUCGCUGCUUACUAAGGAACACCCUGCUACCCUGCUUCACAUGGCUGUUAUUUAUCUAAUCGCUUUGAUUUAUAUGUCAAAUGUAGAUUAAAUCAUAUUUAAAAUGUAGAAAUGUAUGCUUACUUAUCUUAUUAAAAUGCAACCUUCAAAUA